AUGUCCGCUAAAUUGAUCAUCUUCGCGGCUUGCGCCGUCGCCACCGCCCUGGCCGUCUACAAGGAACCUUCCUACCCGUCUUACCCAUCCGCCCCGGCUUACCCAGCACCCGCCUACCCCGCAGCCCCAGCUUACCCAGCACCAGCAUACCCGUCUGCCCCCGCCUACCCAUCUGCCCCAGCUUACCCAGCAGCACCCGCAUACCCAGCAGCACCAGCCUACCCAGCUGCACCAGCCUACCCAGCAGCACCGGCCUACAAGCCAGCUUCAUACGCCGCCCCGAAACCCUAUGCCCCAGAGCCAGCCUACUCUGCCCCGUCUCCGUACAACUUCGACUACAGCGUGCACGACACCUACACCGGUGACAUCAAGAGCCAAAACGAAUACGCUGACGCCAACGGUUACGUCAAGGGCUCCUACAGCCUGGUCGAACCUGACGGCAGCAAGCGCACCGUGGAAUACACCGCCGAUGACUACAACGGUUUCAACGCUGAGGUCAAGAAGGAAGGUGGAUACCCCGCACCCGCCUACUCCGCACCAGCCCCGGCCUACAAGCCAGCCCCAGCACCAUACAAGCCCGCAUACUAA